AUGAGCACAACAGCAAGCAAUGGCGAGGGGACCAGGAAUGUCCCCAAGGACGGCGACUACAUCCAAUGGGAUUCUCUACCGCCCGGAGGGCCACUCAACCGAUGGAGUCACAGUAUGACCAAGGGACACGACUUUGUCGGAGCUCAGGCCAUGCUUUACGCUGCUGGGGUUCUUGAUGGCCAGGCGAUGAGGAACGCCCCACACGUUGGGAUUUCCACUGUUUGGUGGGAGGGCAACCCUUGCAACACACACCUGAUGGACAUGGGCAAGAUUGUCAAGAGGGCUGUCGAGAAGCAGGACAUGCUUGCUUGGCAAUUUAACACCAUUGGAGUGUCGGAUGGCAUCACGAUGGGGAGCGAGGGAAUGCGCUACUCUCUUCAGUCAAGGGAAAUCAUAGCCGACUCCAUCGAGACAGUGACAUGCGCGCAACGGCACGACGCCAACAUCUCCAUCCCAGGUUGCGACAAGAACAUGCCUGGUGUCAUCAUGGCCGCAGCGCGCCACAACCGGCCCUUCAUCAUGGUCUACGGUGGUACCAUCAACAAGGGCCACUCCUCCCUGCUCGACCGCGAGAUCAACAUCUCGACGUGUUACGAGUCAACCGGGGCAUACACCUACGGCAGGUUACACGCCAAGUGUCCCAAAGCAAAUGGCGAUGCCGCCACCCCCGAGGACGUGCUAGAGGAUAUCGCUCAGCACGCCUGCCCCAGUGUUGGCGCAUGCGGCGGCAUGUAUACCGCAAACACACUUGCCACGGCCAUCGAGGUCAUGGGCCUCUCCCUACCAGGGAGUUCCUCGUAUCCUGCUACGUCCCCGGAGAAGGCCCGCGAGUGCGAGCGUGUCGCCGAGGCCAUCAAGGUCGUCAUGGCCAAGGAUAUCCGUCCUCGGGACCUGCUCACCCGCGCCGCAUUCGAGAACGCCCUGGUGCUGACCAUGGUCCUGGGAGGGAGCACCAACGGUGUCCUGCACUUCCUCGCGAUGGCCAAUAGUGCCGACGUCCCCCUGACCCUGGACGACAUCGACAGGACCAGCAACCGGGUCCCUUUCCUGGCCGACCUGGCGCCGAGUGGUAAGCACUUCAUGGAGGACCUGUACAAGAUCGGCGGCACGCCUUCGGUGCUCAAGGUGCUCAUCGCGGCCGGCCUCAUCGACGGGUCCCUCAUGACCGUCACGGGCAAGACACUGGCGGAGAACUGCAGCUCAUGGCCUUCCCUCGACCCUGGCCAGAAGAUCAUCAGGCCGCUCGACAACCCAAUCAAGAAGACGGGCCAUCUUCGGGUGCUCAAGGGGAACCUCGCGCCGCAGGGCGCCGUGGCCAAGAUUACGGGCAAAGAAGGCCUCUCGUUCACGGGAAAGGUGAGGGUCUUCAACAAGGAGCACGAGCUCAACAGCGCACUGCAGCGCGGGGACAUCAAGGUGACGGACGGCAACCUCGUCUUGAUCGUGCGGUACGAGGGGCCGCGCGGCGGACCAGGCAUGCCGGAGCAGCUCACAGCCUCGGCAGCCAUCAUGGGCGCCGGCCUCACCAACGUCGCACUCGUCACGGACGGGCGGUACUCCGGGGCCAGCCACGGCUUCAUCGUGGGCCACGUGUGCCCCGAGGCGGCGGUGGGAGGGCCCAUCGCGCUGGUGAGGGACGGCGACGAGGUCCGGAUCGACGCGGUGGAGAACCGCAUCGAUGUCCUCAACGCGACGGUGGAGGAGCUGAGGGAGAGGAAGAAGGAAUGGCGGCCGCCGGUCCAGAAGCCUCUCAGGGGCACGCUGGCCAAGUAUGCGCGGCUGGUGGGCGAUGCGAGCCACGGUGCCGUCACUGAUUCGGCCGAGCCAAUGGGCAGCACGGAGUGGUGA